AUGUUGAUUCAGGUUCAAACACAAAUCGAAAGUUAUCUUGUAAUUUUAUUUACAUUAAGUAUUCUUUGUAUUUUCUAUCCAGAUAAAGUUCUUGAACAAGGUAUUAUUUAUGUCUUGGGAGAUGCAAUGAAUCUCGCACGACCUAGUCGUGAUUCAAGUGGUAUUGUUAUUGCUGGCAUGCUUUUAUUUCAACUUUCUUGGAUUUAUCUUUUUGCAUUAUUAAAAACAAAUUUGACUUUUUUUAAAGAUCUAACACCUUUACGAACAAUUCAAGCAUUUGCUUUAAUUUUAUGGAUAUAUUUUUCUAAUAAUCCUGCUAUUUCAAAUGGAUUGACCUUUACUUAUGCAUUUUUCGAUUUAAUCUGGCAAUUUUGGAUGUUUGUUAGUUUUCGAGGUUAUGAAGCACUUACAACAUAA